AUGUCUGCCCCACAGGUCUUGUUGCGCAAGGCGAAUGGCGUCACUGGCGGCCAGACGUCCAAUGAUGCGCCCAAGGCCUCCAAGCCGAAAGCCCUUCCCGAGGGCGAGAAGAUGGUCAUCCGCCGGCUCCCCCCGGGUCUGACGGAGGACGAGUUUGUCUCCAUCCUCGGCGACGACUGGAAAGUUGGCAGCGGGAAAGUCGACUGGAUGUCCUACGAGCUAGGCAAGACAUCCCAGCACCCGUCCAAGCCUUCGCGGCCGUCGCGAGCCUAUCUCCACGUCACUAGGAGAGACGAGCUGCUUGCCCUCUCCCAGGCUGUGCAGAUGGCUGUCUGGGAAGAUGCCAAAGAAACCUACGGGGACCCGGCCCUCGUCGGCCCGCCUGCCCUAGAGUUCUCUAUCUACAAAAAGGUCCCCGGCGACAAGAAGCGCUCGGAUAGCCGCCAGGGAACAAUCGACCAGGAACCUGAGUUUAUGGCUUUCCUCGAGAGCCUCGCCAACCCCUCGGCCAACAAGGCAAGCGAAGGGGACCAAGCCGCCGAGGAUGCUGCCAAGGCCGACAAAGCAAACACGACGCCCCUGGUCGAAUAUCUCCGCGAAAAGAAGGCUGCAAAGAUCAAGGAGGCUGCAGCCGCCAAGAGCGCCAGGCACUCGCGACAAGACUCUCAAAAUGCCAAAGGCAAGGCCGCCGCCGGUAGCUCUGACGAACCUAAGAAGAAGGGCAAGGAGUCAAAGUCCGAGAAGCCCUCGGAGAAGGCAAGGGAGUCGGUCAAGAUCCUGACCAAGAAGGCUGCCGCCGAAUCCGCUGCCGAGGCGGCAAAGGCUAUUGCCAACCAGAUACAAGCCAGUUCUCAGGCUGGCUCGCAGACUGGAGCAUCUGAUGCCCCCUCCAAGAGUCGACGAGCUGGCAUUGCGGCUGCGGCGCGGAUUCUACAGCGUGACUUGGGCCUCAGUCCGGGAAAUGCACAUAGGAAGGCUCGCCAGGAAGCGGCCAAAGCAGAGGCAGAUGGAAAAGCUGCUCCAGCCAAAGAAGCCGCAAAAGAGCCCGCGCCUGUUGUCCCAGAACCCGCAUCUCCUUCGACCCCUGUCGAUCCUCCGGCGUCAUCCAGCCCGUCCAAGGCCCCAGCAUCUACCUCAUCAGGGCGGAGUCGGAAUAGGAAACGCGGCGCAGGUGAUGACGCUGCCAGAGCUAAGGGAGAUGGCAGAGGCGAUGGCAGAGGAGAAAAGACUGCUGAGCCCUCACAACUACCGCCAAAACCGCCCGUCAUUCUGCUGAAGAAAGAUGCGCCUCUGCCCGCAUCACUCCUGUCCCCAUCCUCGUCGGCACCAUCAAAGUCUGGCGCGCCGCCUCCACCUACCCCCACGGCGGCAACAAGCACGCCUGCGGGGCCCAAGACCACACCUUCGAAACAAGGUGCUGCUAAGAAGACCGGUGCCUCUGCAGGUCCCAGCCCAGGAGCCACGCGCGCAUUUGUCAAGCAUGCCAACCAAUCCCAGGGCGUCACUGAGCCUCUUCUUAAGGAGGUCUUGAAAAAGUUUGGUGUUGUAAAGUCUGUGGAGCUGUUUGAUAAGAAGAAGGGCUUCGGCUACGUCGAUUUUGCCGACCAUGAUGCCCUCGUCAAAGCCAUGAACUCGAGCCCCGUGGAAGUUGCACAAGCCUCUGUUCAGAUCCUGGAGCGGAAGGACAUGGGCAAGAAGGCGUCCGGCGGCAGCGCAAAGACUGCUACCGCGUCUGCGUCUGCUGCUGCGCCUGCCGAACACAGCACCCCAGCGCCCUCAGCUCAAACGCCAGCCCCGGCCCCAGCUUCCAGUUCCGGGCCUUCGACGGAGAAACCCAGCGGUACGCACGAGAAGAGGGGCGGCCGCCGGCGGGGUGGCCGGGGGCGAGACAAGGAGUCUAGUGGGAAGGGUGGGGACGGCGCUGGCGGUGGUGGUGAUGGCGGCGGCGGCGGCGGCGGUUCGGCACCAGCUGCCACUGCGUAG